GUUUCCCGGCGAGCCACAGGCGAAGGACUCCGGCGAGCUGCCCGCCGCCUGCCCGAGUCUCCCGGCGCGGUUGCCUUUUGUUCCCCCUUCCCACCGCCUCCGCCUCGCCUCCGCCUCCCUUUGAAGCGAGCUGCCGUCGGGGCCGCGGCUCGGCUCGGCUCGGCUCGGCGUGGCUGGCCGGCUGGCUGCGCGCACAUGGGGAGGCGACCCAAGCGCACGCAUGACUGAGCAGAAGCGAGACCGUCCGCCAAGGAUCCCCGGCAGGUCAUGACAGGGCAGGGAGGUUGCUGCGGCUGCCAUGAGGCGGAAACUCCGGCGUGGAUGCAGCCGAUAGAAGUGUGACCGAGCCGGAGCAGAAAGACGCUCCCCUUGGCUGGAGCCUGCGCCUGCUGGAGGAGCGGUUGGCGGCGACGCAGGGGGAAGCUGAGGCGGAGAGCCGCUAAGCAGCUGCCUGUCGCCUCGCCAUGGAUUGCAGCCGCCUCAGGACUCUUAUUAAUAGAUACUGUGCUGGAGAAGAGAAUUGGGUGGACAAUCGGACUAUUUAUGUUGGGCAUCGUGAACCCCCUCCAGGCACCGAAGCAUACAUUCCACAGAGGUAUCCGGAUAACAGAAUAGUCUCCUCAAAGUACACAUUUUGGAACUUUGUACCGAAGAAUUUAUUUGAGCAAUUCCGAAGAAUAGCAAACUUUUAUUUCCUCAUAAUUUUCCUUGUACAGUUAAUUAUUGACACACCAACUAGUCCAGUGACAAGUGGACUUCCACUUUUCUUUGUCAUCACUGUAACAGCUAUAAAACAGGGCUAUGAAGAUUGGCUUCGUCAUAAAGCUGACAAUGCAAUGAAUCAGUGCCCCGUUCAUUUCAUUCGACAUGGCAAACUGGUUAGAAAGCAGAGCCGCAAACUAAGAGUUGGAGAUAUUGUGAUGGUGAAGGAAGAUGAAACGUUCCCUUGUGACUUAAUAUUUUUAUCAAGUAGUCGGACCGAUGGAACAUGUUUUGUUACAACAGCAAGCUUGGAUGGCGAGUCUAGUCAUAAGACUUAUUAUGCUGUCCAGGAUACAAAGGCCUUUCAAAGUGAACAGGAUAUUGACACACUUCAUGCUACCAUUGAAUGUGAACAACCUCAGCCUGAUCUUUAUAAAUUUGUUGGUCGAAUAAAUGUUUACUAUGACACAAAUGAGCCUGUUGCAAGGCCAUUGGGAUCUGAAAAUCUGCUUCUUAGAGGAGCUACUUUAAAGAAUACAGAGAAGAUCUUUGGUGUUGCUAUAUACACUGGCAUGGAAACAAAGAUGGCACUGAACUACCAAUCAAAAUCUCAGAAACGAUCUGCUGUAGAAAAAUCAAUGAAUGUAUUUCUUAUUGUAUACCUCUGUAUUCUGAUCAGUAAAUCACUCAUAAAUACUGUUCUGAAAUAUGUCUGGCAAAGUGAGCGACAUCGUGAUGAGCCUUGGUAUAAUCAGAAAACAGAAUUGGAAAGGAAAAGAAAUGUGUUUAUUACAGCGUUUACAGAUUUUCUUGCCUUCAUGGUUCUUUUCAACUAUAUCAUUCCUGUGUCUAUGUAUGUCACAGUAGAAAUGCAGAAAUUUCUUGGUUCUUAUUUUCUCACCUGGGAUGAAGAAAUGUUUGAUGAAGAAACAGGUGAAGGGCCGCUGGUGAAUACCUCUGACCUCAAUGAAGAGUUAGGGCAGGUUGAAUAUGUCUUCACAGAUAAGACAGGGACAUUAACAGAGAAUAAUAUGGAGUUCAUAGAAUGCUGCAUCGAGGGGCAUGUUUAUGUCCCUCAUGUCAUCUGUAAUGGACAGAUCCUCCACGACUGCUCUGGUAUUGAUAUGAUCGAUUCUUCUCCAGGAGGAAGUGGCAAAGACAGAGAAGAACUCUUUUUCCGGGCUCUGUGUCUUUGUCAUACUGUUCAAGUAAAGGAAGAUGACAAUGUGGAUGGAUUAAAGAAAGUUCACCUGUCAGGGAGGUCUGCUGUGUAUAUUUCAUCAUCCCCUGAUGAAGUUGCUUUAGUUGAAGGGAUCCAAAGACUUGGUUACACUUAUUUAAGACUGAAGGACAAUUUUAUGGAGCUUUUAAAUCGUGAAAAUGACAUUGAAAGGUUUGAACUAUUGGAGGUCCUUAGCUUUGAUUCAGUAAGGAGAAGGAUGAGUGUAAUUGUUAAAUCAGCAAAAGGGGAAAUAUUUCUCUUUUGUAAAGGAGCAGAUUCUUCUAUAUUUCCUAGAGUAACAGAAGGCAAAAUAGAACAGAUUAGAUCAAGAGUUGAACGUAAUGCAGUGGAGGGUCUGCGAACAUUAUGUGUUGCAUAUAAAAAAUUCACAUAUGAAGAAUAUGAGAAAGUUCAGGAGCAGCUUCAGGAGGCAAAGCUGGCCCUGCAGGAUCGGGAAAAGAAACUGGCAGAGGCGUAUGAGAACAUAGAAAGGGGGCUUAUUCUACUUGGUGCUACAGCUGUUGAGGACCGAUUACAGGAAAAAGCUGCUGAUACAAUUGAAGCCCUGCAAAAAGCUGGCAUCAAGGUUUGGGUUCUGACAGGAGACAAAAUGGAGACUGCCGCUGCUGCCUGCUAUGCCUGCAAACUGUUCAGAAGAAAUACUCAAAUACUUGAGUUAACUACUAAGAAAAUAGAGGAACAGAGUUUGCAUGAUGUGUUGUUUGAAUUAAGCAAAACUGUCCUAAGGCACAGUGGUAGCUUAACACGGGACACCUUCUCAGGGCUUUCAGCUGAAAUGCAAGAUUAUGGUUUAAUUAUUGAUGGAGCAGCAUUAUCAUUAAUAAUGAAACCACGGGAAGGUGGGAGCUCUGGUAACUACAGAGAGCUCUUCCUUGAAAUCUGUAGAAACUGCAGUGCAGUUUUAUGCUGUCGCAUGGCUCCUUUGCAAAAAGCACAGAUAGUAAAAUUAAUAAAAUGGUCAAAGGAGCACCCCAUCACAUUAGCAAUUGGUGAUGGAGCAAAUGAUGUCAGUAUGAUCCUAGAAGCUCAUGUUGGCAUAGGCAUUAUUGGAAAAGAAGGCCGUCAAGCUGCAAGAAACAGUGACUAUGCAAUACCCAAAUUUAAACAUUUGAAAAAAAUGUUGCUUGUUCAUGGACAUUUUUAUUAUGUCAGAAUAUCUGAACUUGUGCAAUACUUCUUUUAUAAGAAUGUCUGCUUCAUUUUCCCUCAGUUUUUAUACCAGUUCUUCUGUGGGUUUUCACAGCAGCCUUUAUAUGAUACCGCAUAUCUUACUCUGUACAAUAUCAGCUUCACUUCUCUUCCUAUCCUGUUGUAUAGUCUAAUGGAACAACAUGUCAGUUCAGAUACACUCAAGAGAGACCCUUCACUGUACAGGGAUGUUGCCAAGAAUGCCCACCUGCGCUGGCGUAUAUUCAUUUACUGGACAUUCUUGGGAGUAUUUGAUGCUGUGGUCUUUUUCUUUGGUGCCUAUUUCUUGUUUGACAACUCAACUGUGACCAGUAAUGGACAGCUAAUGACAGCCAACACUCACAUGAUGUUUGGAAACUGGACUUUUGGGACACUGGUGUUCACUGUACUAGUAUUCACCGUUACCCUGAAGCUUGCACUGGAUACACACUACUGGACAUGGAUCAAUCACUUCGUGAUCUGGGGAUCACUACUUUUCUACAUUGUUUUUUCCCUCCUUUGGGGAGGGAUCAUCUGGCCUUUUCUGAAUUACCAGAGGAUGUACUAUGUGUUCCUGCAGAUGCUGUCUAGUGGUCCUGCAUGGCUGGGUAUUAUUAUGCUCAUAAUUGUGAGCCUUCUUCCAGAUGUGCUGAAGAAAGUUUUAUGCAGGCAGUUAUGGCCCACAGCAACAGAAAGAAUCCAGAAUGCAUCAAGUUAUGGUCGGGACCAUAUAUCAGAAUUCACACCUCUUGCCUCUCUGAAGAGACCAAGAUACAGGAGUAAUGACUGCAAGAAUUCCCCAGCUAGAAGGUCUAGUUCUCAUUCUAAAAAAACAAUGUUUACACAUUGGAGAAAUCAUGAUUAUUCAGUACUCCCGUCCGUCUUUGGGUUUUCCAAUAAGCGUUGCAAUUCUAGCGCAGGGCACUACCACAGGCGUUCAGGUUUAGAAACAUCCCUGUGACAGAUCACCAAGUCAAGCCUUUAACAACUACAACUAUUUCUCCCCUUGCCUCCACCCCCCAGAUGACCACUUAACAGCACUGGGAUUUUGUUGGCUUUCACUGUCUGGUAUAAUAUUCUGACAAGCUGGAUCAAGAGCACUGAGAACAAAUCCUUCCAAGAGUAUUGGCCAUUCUUUCCAUGUUUAAAAUGGUUGAAGCAAUGGAUUAUUUACACAGUCUGGCACUGUGAGAAUGGACAGCAUUAUCAUUUCACUUACUUCUCUCGAAUGCUUUGUAUGGUUAUUCCUUCCUUUAUUGAAGAAUCCUGUUUCAGUCAAUGAUCUUCUUUGGAAAUCAGAUAAUUAAAUUUUUGUCUGUCAUAAGCAAUGAUAUCAGAUCCUCCAGUCGAUGAGAGCAUAUUCACAGGUGCUGUUUCUGACUUUUGUCCUUUCUUUGCCCUUUCUGUAGAACAAACUGGUGUUUCCUCUGUGCAAAUCUGCUUUCAAGAAACACUCUCUAAUGUCCAUUUUAUUGUAAGUCUCCAAGUAGGACACUAUCCGAGUUCAAGAUUGUGCUUUUUUCCUAUAGAUCAAUACAUCUGUAUGUAGUUGCUGUACAGAUCUUAAGAAGUCAAGCUGGCUCUCAAAUGUGUGAAAUGGCCAUUGCAGGUAUUGAACUGAAAAGAAUUACUGAAUUUAAAAUUUCAACCUUAGAAACUUGUCAGUAAUAAAUAAACCAGUUCCUACUAUUUUAUCUAUAAUAUGGAGAAUGUUGGAAGUGUUUUGCUACCUGUGUCAUUGUCUGUGCUGUCAGGAUGUAAGAAUGUAAUUGGCCCCUUAACCAUUUAACACAAAGAUACUGUGUUUUACUUGUAGAUACUACUUUCUGUUUUAAUUAUACUUUAAAAGCAUUAAGGAGAUAGAUGUAACAGAAGACCCAAUGCAUUAUAAAGAUGCAGCUUUGUGACUGUUUCUAUUAGUUAAUAACCACUAGGUGGUAUUCUCUGCCCCCCUCUUUGAAUGUAAACCUGAGCAUUCACACACAAAAAUGCAAAAGUUGUAUCAGUUGUUUUGAAUAAUUACAGCCAGCUUGUACUUCAGCUCUACCUGUGGUCUAGUUUUGCUUUCUACUGGUUUGGAUGGUGGCAAACACGUACAAGUUUUGUUUCUUUUCUCCAAGUGUUUUAUUUAGGGUGUCAAAAUUGCUGAAGAAUAGAAACUGAAGAAGUGUCAGCUAUGAAGUGGGGAAUACAGGUUCCCUUUUGCAGCUCCUAAGCUGAAAAGAGUAGAGUGAGACUUGUCAUUUUGGAAGGCAAAUUGUGAAAACUCUAUUAUACCAAAGAUCAUGGAAAGGAAGAAUCCAUAUGGUGGUUUCCAUACUUUUCCUAUCUCACCCCUUAUAACGCACAGCAUCAGAGAAUCUCUAACACUGAAUCUGAAGCACUUUUCAGUUCUAGUGUUCUUCACUUAUUGACAGUAAUAUACCUAAAGGUGAUAUUUAUUUGACAUUGCAUACUUGAACAUUAGGUAGAACUGUUCCCUACAUAAAACACUGGAUGCAUACUUAUAUUAUAUAUAUAAAUACACACACAAACAUAUAUUUUAAAAAAUCAAUUUGAUGUCGUAUUGAUUUUUUUUACCUGUAGUAAUGACAAAUCUCCUGUUUGAGUGUAGCUAACAAAAUUAUUUUUAACAUAUUUUUUAGAAAUCUUAAAAUUGCCUUUGCACUGAAAUAUUUUUCAAUACUGUAGCUAUUUAUAUCUGUUUUACGCAUACAUUUGUUAACACACCAUUUCUAUUUUUAAGUGAAUGUUUUAGACAAUUUUUUUAUACUUAUGAGUUUUGGAUCUCCAGAAUUUAGCUUCUAGUGGAACUGUGGUUGAAUGUUGAAAAUCUGAUGAAUGUUAAAAUGAAAAAUAGAUUUGUUCUCCCAGGGUCAUCCAAAGCUACUAGUUAUUUAUAUUUGCUUGUGCUUGUGAAUAUUAGCUUUUAACGUGGCAAUACUUUCUGCUUCCAAUUGACUGCUGCUAGUUGUAUUUUUAUAUCUUUGUUCCAUAAAGCUUUGUUUGUGUUUUUCAUUUCCAUCCUUUAGCCUUAAAUAAGAAGACACUUGCUUAAUGAUUUGAGAAUGCUGCAUGCCUGCUCAGACUACUAACAAAAGGUUUACUGCAACCUUCUUACAACACCACUGAUUCCUAUAAAAUCAUUUAUGUUCUAAAGGCCAAAAAAUUUAACGGUAGCAGCAUGGAGAAAAGAUCGCAUCCUGUGGCAAUCUUCUGCCAGCAGAACAAAUAAUGCUGACAAAUUGAGUCCAUCCCAGCCUCCCCUCAGCCCCCUGCAAAUGUAUUCCAAAAGUGCUCCAGAGGGUUGGAGGAGGAGGAUCCAAUUUAAGCACAUUCAGGUGCAGCAGGAGGGAAUGCUCAAGGCACAGUGGAAAUCUGCUUGCUUAAUGCUGAACAUAGCCCAUUUUUCAAGGUUUCACUUCACUGAAUUGGAUCCAGACUUUCUUCUGUUUAGGGUAGACUCAAUCAUUUCAAUGGCUCUACACUAAGUAACAUUAAAUCUGGAUCCAACCCAUUGUAUUGUUUUCGAAGAGAAACAGUUCUGAAUUUAAAGAGGCCAUUUUGUUUCCAUUAAACAACUUUUUAAAAUAAUCAACACUGUAUAGGCUUUAGUUGGGACUUCGAUCUUUGCAUCAUUCCGUUUUCUUUUAUAGAAGUAUUAAGGUAACACUGCAGCAGAACCUGCAUUACUAGCCCCACCCAGACAUCCUUGUGCACAACAGUAAAGUGUACAUAGGUUGCAGCAAACAAGGAGCUGUGCUGCCAAAUAAAUGACAUAUGCUGUCAGUGAUGUUUCCCUAGAUUUAAUUUCUCCUCUAAAGAUCAGAGGGCUUCAACUGACAAAUCUGAUCAUCAGUUCAGCCAUGUGCUUGUAUUUUUCUUGAUGAGGGAAGUACAUGAUUUUUCCUGCACAUUGGAGAAUGAGGUGGGAAGAGAAUUACACAUGCAUAAUACAUGUGCAGAAACCUGUUUCCAUGCAGCUUGCCCAAAUUGGGGAAACUAUUUAGGCAAUACAUAGUAAUAAUUUACUAAUAAUAGGAGAGUUGUAAUCAUAAAGGCGUAAAAUUUAUAUUUGAUAGAAAAUCAUAUGAAAAACUGCAUUCUGUAUAACUCAGAUUGCCUUGUCUGAAUUGUUGAACCAUUAAUGAUAAAAUGUCUCAAACGCUUUAAUUAUGCACUGGAACUGGUAGGCACCAAUCAAAUGUUCAUGAAGGCUAAAUAUGUAUAUUCACUGAUGCUCACAUUUUUUUCAGAGUAACUAUAGCAAGAUUCAGUUCUCCUUAUUUUCAUACCCUUGAGUCAUUAUUAUGUUCAGCUAGUUAGUAUAAAAAGCAUACCAUUUAUUCUCCUGCUUGCAUCAGCUUAUUUAUCUCACUUAGAAUGCAAGUAUCAAAGGAUAGUUUGCAAUAACAAUGGGAUUACGUUGAAAAGCUUUAAUGGAGUCUUGUCAAAGUAUUACGAGAGAAAUAUGUACAUGAUUGUACGUUGCACAAUUGCACACAUCUGUUUAUACAGCUUUACCUUUGUCAAAAUUAUACAAAAUUUUAAAUAUACAUUGUCUGAAAGAUUCUGUCAUGUUGCACAGUCAAUGUCAAUACUCUUCUAUUAUAUAAAGUAGAAUUGACAGAAAUGCUCUCGGGAAUGGUGGGACAUAGUUAUCAGUGCAUUAACCAUUAAAAAAGAAAUCUGUAGUCAUCAGCACUAAAUACUGAAAUGUAUUUUUAAAUGGUACAAUGAUAGGUGCACUUAUCUGAUUAUAUUUCAGCCUUCAAAACUACUGUUUAGACUACUCUAUAACAAUUAACUGGAUCAAAGCAGUCUCAAAUAUUAAAGAAUAUCUAUAUAAUAUAAAUGUGCAUUAAUGUAAAGUUUAUUUUCAGUGCUGUUUUUAAAAUUUCAUUUCUGUAGAUAAAUGAAUUCUUUAUAUUCAUAUUUUGAAACUUUCUGUAGAUUGUAUAAAGCAGUAGAUGUUUAAAUCUGCUUGCAAUAAAAUAAAAUUUGCAUAUUU